CAUUACCUCAAAUAAAUAUAAAUGAGGAUUCUCAAGAAGAAACUUCUUCACUAACAUCUAAUUUAAAUAUCAAUUAUAAUUCACAGAAUGAUAUUCAACUUGAUAUAUCUGAUGAUAGGAAUGAAAUUGUAAUACAACCACGAAAAACAAGAGGAAGAAAAAAAAAUAACAUUACUUUUAAUUACUUUUAA